AUUAGGGUAAACUUUGUACACGACCUGCAGGGCACCCUCAUUCACACAACGGCAUCAGCGCUUCGUAUCUGCACCGUGAUAGCGUCAGGUCAGAUUGCAGCGCUCAGCUCACUUCGCCGCAAUCUCUUCGUAAGCUCUUUUCCGUAUAACUGACUGACUCCUUAUCUCCGUCAUAUUUUGCGCAGCAGGGCCAUCAAUAAUUUUUACUGAUUUAAAAUUCAGUCAUGUCUCGCCUGGGUGGCGGUUCUCUCUUGCUGGCCUGGCAACUGAAAGGAAAGCAUGUGCUCAUCAUUGGUGGUGGUGACGUCGCGUCUGGACGUGUGGAAUCUGUGCUAGCUGCAGACGCUCGCGUGACCCUUAUCAGUCCAAGCAAUGGAUUACAUCCUCUUUCCAAGUCCUUCCUCAAUGGACCUUACAAUAUCAUCUACCAUGACCGUCUUUUCGGAGGCGCAGAAGACCUGGCUGACGUUGAUCUUGUAUUGACGGCAAUUGAUGAUGUGGCGCAGUCUCGUGUCAUUUGUGGUUUAUGCAGGGAGCUCAAGAUUCCUGUCAACGUGGCUGAUAUCCCGGAGUCAUGCGACUUUUAUUUUGGCUCUCAAAUCCGUGACGGCCCUCUUCAAAUCAUGAUCUCGACAAAUGGAAAUAGCCCUAAAUUGGCUAAUAUUAUACGGAAGAAGGUCGAGCAAAGUCUGCCAGAGCACGCCGGAGAUGCAAUCACCAGAGUGGGUGAGCUGAGGAUAAAGUUGAAGGAGAGAGCGCCCGGGGUGGGCGGUGAAAUUGGGAAGAGACGGAUGCGGUGGAUGAUCGACGUCUGCACUUCUUGGGAAAUGGAGGAACUUGCCUUAUUGGACGAUCAGAUGAUAAGGAGGCUUCUCGAUGACGGUUGGGAGAAGAAUGCAGUACCGUCUCCUGGUGAGCUAGGAGCCAGAUCAUCCCAUCAGGCGUAUAAAGCCACACCAAACCUCACGGCGCCUGGCAUUUUUGUUACGACGUUGAGCUUUGCCGCGGGCGCUGCUUUUGCAGGUCUUUUCUUGCUCUCCCGGCGACGGUGAUCCUCACGCGUGCCGCCUCGCUGCGAGUGCUGAUAUAUUUUAGUCUUUUGUUUACACCAUUUGUGGGCUGGAAUAUAGUUACGAUCGCCUCUCCACUACCCUCACCGAUAAUAGACAGCAAUAUACGUUAGCCCUGUAAUUUGCUGGCCGCUUCGCAGAACGUUUGGUGUGUCAAUGCUGUGUCAACCUGAUGCAGAUCACCGGCUGCUGUGUCUUCCCAGCACGUUUUGUGGUUCAGGUUGUCAACCUGAAAUGCAGUGUAAUGGUGACUAGUACAUCAAACAGGUACCCGCAUUUAUUUGUCAGAGUGUAAUAUGUAUGGCUAAGGCCACAGUCCGAUUA